GGCCACAUUUGAGUUCCAUAAUUUAAUUUGAUCUGAUCUCUGCAAAAAAAAACAAAAGAACCAAUCGAUCAAUCUUCAAAUUCAUUGAUCUUCGAAAGAGAAGAAAGAAGAGAUUAGCAAAGGAAACAUGGCAGGCUUCAGCGGCGACGAAACUGCUCCAUUCUUCGGCUUCCUCGGUGCCGCUGCGGCUCUCGUCUUCUCCUGUAUGGGAGCUGCUUAUGGAACCGCAAAGAGUGGAGUGGGUGUGGCUUCUAUGGGAGUUAUGAGGCCUGAACUUGUGAUGAAAUCCAUUGUGCCAGUGGUUAUGGCUGGAGUGCUUGGAAUUUAUGGGUUGAUUAUAGCUGUUAUUAUUAGUACUGGAAUUAACCCCAAGGCUAAAUCUUACUAUCUCUUUGAUGGCUAUGCACACUUGUCCUCUGGCCUUGCUUGUGGCCUUGCUGGUCUCGCUGCUGGGAUGGCUAUUGGAAUUGUUGGUGAUGCUGGAGUCAGGGCUAAUGCUCAGCAGCCGAAGCUGUUUGUUGGUAUGAUUCUUAUUUUGAUUUUUGCUGAAGCUCUUGCUCUCUAUGGCCUCAUUGUGGGUAUCAUCCUCUCAUCCCGAGCAGGCCAAUCUCGUGCUGAUUAAAAUGAAGCCUAAUCAGUGAUAUCUGGUAGUCCAUUAUAAUUUUAGUAUCUGGCUUGUAUUUGAAAUGAGAAAUAUUUGACUUUAGUAGAUUACUAUUAUUUCAUUUAUUUUAUUACGCAAACCCUGUAUCUGAAAUCCGCCAGUUUAUGGAUUUUUCAUUUGGAUGGCUGCAUAAUGAUGUGAUACUUGUUUGUUCGUUGCACAGACACACUGCAC